CCCUCCCUCCCUCCUCCUCCCCCGCGGCCCCGCCCCUCGGCGCGCGCGGAGCCGCCCGCCCGCCGCGGCCGCCAGAGGCUCCGGGACCGCCACCCGCCAUGUGGCUGCUGUUCGCCUGCGUGCUCAUCAGCGCCCUGCGACACGGUUCUGCCCAACUGGAACUUACUACCAGGAGUCCUGUUGAAUCGACUAGCUGUAAUAGAACUGUCACUUUGCCUUGCUAUGUGGUUGAUCUGAAGCUGACCAGUGCAAAGGGCAUGUUUGUUACAUGGCAGAAACAUGAUAAAUUAAUUUUUUCUUAUGAUGGAGCAACCCAGGAGUUUUUCAGAGAUCCAGUGGUUCCUUCAGCUAACUUAGCAUCUCUAGUGGAUUUACCCAAGGGUGUUGCAUCUCUAACAUUUAAAAAUGGAGAAGGAGUUGAUGGAAAUUACAGUUGUAAAGUAACAGUAUCAAACAGCGAAGGAAAAAUAACAGUUGAACUUAGAAGCAUCACAGGACCAUGGUUUGUUCUAAUGGAAAGGGCUUUCAUCAUAGCAUUGCUGUUAUUUGUUGCUGGUUUGUGUUUGGCUCAGUUCAUUUUUGUUGCAAUAAAAUAUGGACUUGGACCUCAGAAGAAAAUUUGCUUUAUUGGAACAGGUUUCAUCUUCACAGUUGCUGCUGUUGUAGGCAUUGUUUUUUUUGUUCAAGAUGGCUAUAAUACACAGAGUCAAGCUGGUUUUGGCCUACUUGUAGUCCCUGUUGUGGUUGCAGUACCACUUCAGUACUUGAUGUUUGGAAUUGUUUUUGAUAGUCUACCAAAAGCAACGUUUGUUCUGAUAGGUUUGCAAAUUCUUGGUUAUAUAAUUGCUGUGGUUGGUUUUGCAUUGUCUGUCUCAGCCUGUCCUCCGUUACAUGCAUCUGUUGUGAUUGCUGGCUUAGCUGUUAUGGCUAUUGCAACUUUGCUUAGUCUGGCUUACGUGUUAAUUAUGGGUUCCAGAAUGAAAGAUCAUCCUCGUCCAGGGGAGACCUUCUACCUACAACAAGCUGUAUACGGAGGUUUCUUUGGCUGUCAUGGAGAGGUGGAAAAAACUCCAGCAGGGACCAGAGCAUCAGCCAGCAUCCUUACUGUCAGGACAAGGGCUUGCAGAUGGAGAGGCAGGAGGUGACAUCAUCCGUCUGGUGGCAGGCAUGCAGUGUGAGCCCAGGGGGAUUUGUGGUAUGUGUGCAGCAGCCAUGUGGUGCCAGAUCACUUGGAAGCUGUACUGCAAAGGCUUGGGAAGGGGAGAAGCAUCUGCACCCCCAGCCCAGCUCUAGCUACUUCCUAUGAACCACAAAAAUUACACUACGAGGAACAAGCAAAUAGUCCAAAGUGGUAAAUUAAAAGUAUAUCUGCAGAUGUAAGUUGUAUUUUACUCGAGUCAAAGCCUACCUAACGUUGGAACAGCUAUGCUGUAUGUGGUGAGCUACAAGGAAGGUACAAAGUCAUUUUGAAGGUUUCCAGCAAAAUGUGAACACUGUAGAAUAACACAAGCUUUUCUAAGAGGAAUGAAGGCAUCAGGUCUUAGAAGGAGAGGGUAGAGCAGCAGGUACUUGCAGAGGCAGCCAGUGGAAAGGAAGCAGCUUAGGCUUGGGGCUGUCCAGUAGCCAAAAAAUGACAAAAGGAAAGAAUUCGGUGAAUUCGUAAGGGUAGAAAAGGGGAAUUAAGGCAAAAAGCUAUGAUGAGAAUAGCAUAACCUGUAAUUUCCCCUGAAUAAGGGCAAAAACAGCAAUGCCACAGAAGUGACUGAAAUGGAUGAAGGUAUUUAUGGAAAUCCCUGUGCCCUGGGAGUUUUUAAGUGGUAUAACUUCAUCCUGAAAUACAGCAGGUAACAAAUCUGUUUCUGAUGUGUCCCACAGCUCAUCCUUGCACACACAGACCACUAGGUUGGUGGUAGAUCAGAGAAGUGAUGCAGCUAAACCUUUUUUUAUCUUUUAAAUGGCAUUUGUGAAUGUUCUUCUUUUCCUCCAUUUUUCCUAGAUAGCUCAUCACCUCAAUGUGUCAUUUUUUUUCUAUAUGGCAAACCACUUUGCUUUUCAGCUAGCUUGUAGCAGGGGGAGUAUAUUUUUCUGAGUCACCAGGGCCAUCUGCUUUAGACAAAUAUUUUGUUGAAUUAUGUCUCUUUUACAGUUAGGCAAUUUCUUUAUUCUACUGACUAAGGAUCAAUUAUGUGAAGAAAAAGGUGGAGUGGCCUCUCACCAGUUCGCCAUCCUCCCUCCGUGAGCACCUGCUGGCAUUAACCUGUGUGCCUCACCCAAAUUCAACACCAUCAAAUAUUAAAAUGGUCUGUGGAAAGGUUUUGAAAGCUGGGUUAGAACUGUAGCUUAUAGUUUGAAAAGAAACAUUUUUGACCUUCUGGGCAGUUGUAAGCAAUUUUUCUUCAGUUUCCUGCAGACUGCUCAGAAGAUGAGAACAUCAGUAGAGAUGGAGGUUCCUCAAAACAUUGACCUGUACUUGCUUCUCAUUGGCACUCAGGCCACUCAGGGUUCACAGCCAACAUUUCCUCAGUGCAGCAAGUUCCUCCCCUCCUUGCAACGAGUUUGGGUAGCUUCAGCCUGAACUCCUUCCCUUGGUUCCUGCUGUCCAUGGCAUUCACUUCCCCUUUUCCUUUCUGCCCAUCCAUAAAACCUCAAAUGAAACAACCUUCACAACACAUGCUUCCCCUCACAGUUGGCAGCAUGAGACGUUGCAGCAUCCUCUCCCACACCAUGCUGCAAGCAAGACUGGCACUGCUGGACUGUGGCCACUCUCCCAGAGUUCCUGCACACACCGCUGUGUGGGGUAGGUGGCUUCAGCUCGCCCCAAACCCACUGCAUCGCCAGGUCAAUGCCCAGGCUCCUGGCAGCAGUUUUGGCCGAAGCUGGUGAGGAGGCUGUAGGACACAGAGUGUCUUGUCACCCAUAGUCAUGGCCAUACCCAUCACGUCUGAGACAAGCCAUCCCUGAGCCUUAGGAUGCAGCACACUGUGGUGGCCAGCUCUGCUUACAGGCCUUUUCAGCCUUGGAAUAUAGUUUAAUAGGAAGUUUCUUUUUAAAAAUAAUACACCAGUGUUGGUUAGUGGUGGUGGUAUUACACAUUGCGUCUCCAAUACCAGCGCUGCCAUUCUCACACGGUGUCAGAACUGCAAAUAUUUGACCUGAUAAAAGCUAUGUGAUCCAAUAAAAAGGUCCCACAGAAGCAGUAUAAGAAAACCAUAAAAGAGUUAAAAUUAACAUUUUUCUCUGUAUAGCAAUAGACUGGCUGCAGGAAAAGCAGCCGUUUUAAAGACCUCUGCAUUUAUUGCCUUAGCAAUGCUUGAGCCCCAGCUCAUACUAAUGCCAUGUGAUACGUAACGAAAAGAGAGCCAGGUUUGCAGAUGAAAACCCUGCAGUGAUGUGGCCCUAGUAGAGAUGUUACCACCACUGUUCUUGCUCAGGCCACUUUCCCUGAGGCAUGUAGCCCCAGCCUUGCACCCCGCUUGCACACAAGCCACUGAAUCCCUGCAUGUGGGGGCGUGAGACUCAGGUCAAAGGCCAUUUUUGCCAGUGUUUGCCCUCGAUGUCAGCACAGGUCAAAGCUGGCUCUGCACAGAGGUGGAUUUGACUUCCCGUUUCUGCAGCACAGCCUGCACUUAAAAAACAGUACAUGGCAUGCACUUCUGAGGUGUAUGAAGGUUGGACUUCCAACAGCACUUGCUCACCUGUGGACCCAUGGGUGGUUGAAGCUGCUUUGGCAGUAUUCCUGGAUGGGCAUCUGAGCCAAGAUAGGCUCUCCCUAAGGUCCCUCUCCCCUACCCACUAGUCAGGAAGGCAAAGCAGCAUGACAAGGUCAGCCAUGGGUAAGUAAUUCUUCAAAUGACUCGUUAGCAAGUAUUUUGCUGCAAUGGACUAGAACAAAACAGCUGAGUUGCUGGCUCUGCAUUGGAAUUCCAGGGGGUUUAUGUACACCUAGGUAGGUGUAUGUCCAUCCAUCCCCAUGCACGCACAUUGCAGGUCCCUAGUGCACGUGUGGCUGGAAACGGUCCAAAGGAGGAUCCCAUAUGUUCCUCUUGGAGCUUGCUUAUAUUCAGGUCACACCUGGCCCAGAGCCGUCAGGUUAUUAUAUACCAGAAGAAAAUUGAAGUACAUUCACCACAGUCCUCCUCUCCAUGCAGCAGAGGGGUUGUCACCACAGCAGCUGGUCCAACAAUACACAGCUCCUCCAGAUCAGCACAGCCAGGAGGAGGUGAACUGAGCCAAAACCGCAUUGAGUGCACCAGUUUAGGAGCAAAUUUGGUGUGAUUUGGUGGUUGUAAAGGUCCCUUGGGUUUGGGUGGGAUUAACCCACCCUCACUGGGUGUUUUGGGCCAGUUCCACCAUGCUUGCCUACAAUAACCUGAAAAUUGUUGGUGUGGACGUUAGCCAGGGCUUGUUUAUGUUUCGGUUGUGUACUAAAUAGAUUUAACAGCGCCUUGUUGUGGCUCAGCUUGAAAAAGCACCUAAUCAGUGUUAACUGUAUUGUUAUAAGCAGCUCUAAAACCACAAAGUAAGUGUACUCACCCAAGUAUGUACUACUUGAAAAGCAUCGGUGCUUGCAUGGGGCUGCAGGACACCAGUAACCGAGGGGCACACUGGGCCUUUGGGCAGUG